AUGACAAAGCUCGCUGACAAUGCCGACUAUGAUGGCGGCGAAACGUCUGGAAAUGUACCAUGUCGAAGGUCCGACUCUGGAAAUUAUCAUAUGUAUGGACUCCAGACAAGGUACGUUCCGCUAGGUCUUUCUGAAAUAAAGUUUGCUCAAGGUACAUUGGUUGAACGAGCCGUGGAGACAAUGCCUGAUAUCUGCAAGCAUAGAAAUCGGUCUAGGCACCCUGCUCGGUGA